AAAUUAGCGUGGCGAGGGGUGACGGGGCACUAUGGCAUGGAGAGCAGGGAAGAAAGACUACCUAGCUACACUGAACACCAAAGCUACAAAAAAAGGAAAAGAUUUCUCUCAAUGAAAUUGCAUGCACUAGGAUUUACUUGCACAUUAUUCCCAAGUUUUAUGAAGACUAAGUACCUGGUUGGUGAAGAGCUGAAUGUGCAGAGAAGAAAUUUCAUACUGCGACUUGGAUUGCUGCCAUCACUGUGACAUCCUGUUCCCCAGGCAUCAUGUACUGUCUCCAGUGCUUACUGCCCAUCCUCCUCAUUCCCAAACCCCUCCACCCAGCCUUGUGGUUCAGUCACUCAAUGUUCAUGGGCUUCUACCUUCUGAGUUUCUUGUUGGAGCAGAAACCUUGCACAAUCUGUGCCUUGGUCUUCUUGGCCGCUCUGUUUCUCAUCUGCUACAGCUGCUGGGGGAAUUGUUUCUUAUACCACUGCUUUGGUUCCCAACUGCUGGACUCUGCUGAUGAUCCCAAUGUAGUUGACACCUAAAAUCUUCUACUUGGUUGCACUUUUUUUUUCCUUUUAAAAGGACGCUAUCAUGGGAAGGAGGGAAUAUAAGGCAUGCGAUUGGAGUACAUGUUUUGGUUAAAAUGUUUCAUUCAUGAUUAUCCACACUUCCACAAUCUUCCUGUACAAUUUGACAAAAGUUGUUAUUAGUAAUAGCUGGCAAUACUGUCUGUUCGAGGGUUUGAAGCAGAGCUGCUAAUGGGUGCCAUCCCUUCCUUUGGUAUUAUCAUUUGAGUUUG